UUACUAUUAACUGCAUCUUUUAAACUGUAUGGCAGGUGCUUUUCCAGCCUCAGCACUCUAUGCACGCAAGGACCUUCUUCACAGACCUGUGCACGUGGCCACUAAAACUUUCCAAGGCCUGAGAAUAUUUGUAAAUGAUGAGCUCCAUGAACUCUUCAUAGGACUGAGGACAGCUGAGAAGUUUCUAAAACCAGGAGGUCGCCUCGUGGCCCUCUCCUUCCAUUCGCUGGAAGAUCGUAUCGUCAAACGUUUUCUUCAUGGAAUUGACGUGACGGAGAGGUACAGUCUUGGCUCAAAGCAGAAGAUAAGACAGGCUCUGAAAAAUUCCUCCAGAGGAGAAAAUUCACAAGAAUCCCCGCAUGGAAAAUCCAACUCAAAGUGGAUUUUGAUACAGAAAAAAGUUCUCACGCCCCAGGCCAAGGAUAUUCAAACAAACCCAAGAGGAAGGUCGGCCAAACUAAGGGCUGCUAUUAAACUGUAAAGAAAAAUAUAUGAUUACAUGAUUGUAUAAUUUCCUUAAAUUCUGUUUUCCAGAAUGCUAACUGGACACAUAGUAUCAAACUGAAAAAAUAAAAUGAAGGUUAUUGGAGAACAUUUCUCUCUUACCUUUGUGCUUCUUUUUGAUUAGGAAGUAGUAUAGAGCAUGAAAAUGCAAAAUAAAUGCCUUAUAUAUACUUAAAUAUAAGUGGGUGUCACUAAUUAUACAAAAAAUACAUCUUUUUUUUUCAAAGAGCUUCAAACACCAAGUUUAUAAAAAUUGCAGGUUUGAUGUAUUUGGAGUAUUCCCCUUAGAUUCAUUUCAAGAUCCUGACAUUAGCAGUCUAAAUUCAGUAGCUAAUUGAGACAUAUUUUUAUGGGGGUGAAUUUCACAUGCCUAAUUCAGAUGUGUGGUUUAGUCUAGAGUAAGUUUAAACUAACCUAAGAAUUCUUGAUAUAUUUCUCUGUA